AACACUCGGCACGCUCGGACAAACUGCUUAAACUGGGGAAAAAAAACAAGCACCACUCUCCUUGCGAAAAAAACAAGGCUGAGGCGGCCGAGUGCCGCUGGCCCGGUGCCGGGAGGGCAGCCGCCGCCGCGGAGGAGGGGCUGGGCGGCCGGGCGGGGUCGGGCCCAGGGUCGGGCUCGGGCAGGCAGAGAAACGGGCGGCGGCGCGCUCGGGGCGCGGAAGAUGGAGGACUACGGGCGGUUUUUGGCGUUUCUGGCCGCGGCGCUGCUGGCCGGCUUCGCCUCCGUAGUUUUCUCGCUCGUCUGGGUCUUUCAGUACCGCGGCGGGCUGAGCUGGGACGGCAGCGCGCGCGAGUUCAACUGGCACCCCAUCCUCGUCAUCACGGGCUUCGUCUUCAUCCAGGGCAUCGCUAUUGUUGUGUACAGAUUGCCCUGGACCUGGAAGUGCAGCAAACUCUUAAUGAAGUUCAUACAUGCUGGAUUAAAUACCAUAGCUAUGAUUCUUGCAAUUGUUUCUAUAGUAGCUGCGUUUGAAUACCACAAUGCCCAGAGCAUUCCUAACAUGUACAGUCUGCACAGCUGGAUUGGGCUGGCUGUUGCUAUAUUUUAUGCUCUCCAGCUUUUCGUGGGUUUUGCCGUCUUUCUGCUCCCUUUUGCUCCAGUUCCUCUCCGAGCAGCCCUCAUGCCAAUACAUGUUUAUUCAGGUCUUACCAUCUUUGCAACAGUGAUUGCAACAGCUCUCAUGGGAAUCACAGAAAAGCUUAUCUUUUCAUUGCAAAAUCCUGCGUAUAGUGCAUCUCCACCAGAGGCAACUUUUGUCAACUGUCUUGGUCUUUUGCUUGUCAUAUUUGGUGCAAUUAUUUUGUGGAUGGCAAGCAGACCCCAUUGGAAGCGUCCCCCAGAAAAGAAUGAUGAAGUUCUGCAGCCCAUUGGAGGGACUCCUGAAGGCACAGAAGCAGAAUCCACAAUGACAGAUGGUAGCAAUGCAGAUAAAUCUGAUCUGAGGAUCAAUAGUGAAGCAGACAGAAAACAAAACCUCAAAUUUGAUGAAGCAGGCCAACGAUCAACUAUGUAAAGAAGAUACAGAAUAACUAUCAUACUACCACCCCUCUCCACCCCCUGGUUCCUUCCAAUUUAGUUAUAUUGACAUAUAAUAGAUUGAAGUUUUAUUUUCAGUAUGGCUUACUCAAAGAUACCCAAGUUUUCUGCAUAUGAAUUUAAAUUCCAUUAUUUUUAUAUGCUCAGUCCUCAUUUAAAAAAUGAGAGUAUGAAUGACAUCACAUAAUGGGAAAAUCACAUAACUGGAAAAUGCUUUCCAUAUCACUUCUUAAUUUAAUACUUAUAUCUCCUAUAGCCAUGAAAAGUUAACAUGAUUGAGACAAAAUUUUGCUCUGAGUGACUUUGCAGGUUAUGAAUCAGCAUCAUUAAGUAUACCACACAGCACAAUUUAGUUGGCCACAUUUAUUUUUUCUGGUAAUGUUUACUUUUUUAAAGCCCUUAUUUCUCAAGCUGAUUAACCCCCUCACCAACUGCUAAGAUCUAUGGGAUUUGAGGUCAUUCAGCACUUUGCAGGAUUGCACCAUUAAAAUGUUUAGUCUAAAAUUUUUAGUUAAGAAACAAGAAAUGAAGCUUUGCCUGAAAUCAUGAAAUGAUAAGUUUCUUUUAAAUCUUCUUUUUGUUUGUUUGUUUUAAAUCAGAAUAUAUCUGUUGACUUUUUUAACCAACUCUACCAAACAUAUUGUAUACAGACAACAUUUGGCUUUGGAUUAUGUGCGAUCAUUACUGAAAUUCAAGGGAAUUGUGUAUUUCCAAAUAUGAAUGCUUCCAAAUGUAGAAUUUGUCAUAUUUGGAAAACUACAGGUACACACUUAGAAAAAAUGUGUAUCGCUUAAACCAAAUUUUCCUUUUAUCCUAGAAGGCAGCAUUUUACUAUCUUUAUUUGACUGCACAGUUCCACUGAUUUAUGGCACUAAACUAGAAAACAGGUUAGAAACUAGAGGAGAAUUUUAGCAGUCUCUCAGACAAAAGGAGCCUGAAGACAGAAAUGCGUCCUCCAAGAAACAGAUGAGCUUUGCUGAUUUGCUAUUAACUCAUUUUUGUAUCUCCACACUGGUGUCAAAAUCAUUAUCAUCAUGAGCAUGAAGACAUACUUUAGUCUAUAUGCAAACUAUAUAAACUAUAUGAUUGUUUACUUUGAAAUUAAAAUGUUAAAUAAUGCA